AUGAGCAGAUAUCACGAAGCCAGUCCAAAGAAGGUUUAUCACGAUUCCGCAUGCUACCAAAGUCCGUCGCACGAUCUAGGACCCCGGAAGGAAGACCCGCGAUUGCCUCCCAACAUCGCUACAGGCACUGGCUAUCAUCAUCACGAAGAGAGCUCCCGUAUUGAUGGCAUGGCACCAAGUAACGUCGCUCUGUUCAAGAUCGAUACAACAGAAAAGCUGAAGGUAUGCGUCCUGAAUACAGCGAGGGAAGCUUGCUGCCCAAUUGGCGAAGCACCACAGCCCAAGGUAGUUUGUCACCCAUAUGGCUCGCUGCUAGCCUUCUUUUUCCCAAAGGUCAGCCUGGCCUCUCGUGUUAUGCUCUGGAACAUUGCUCAAGGGUCGAACACACUCUCGGAAGUUUACGUGACUUCAGAGAUAAGCUUGAAUAAAGACGCGAUAGAGGACGUCCACUUCUCCCGAGAUGGCAACCAUCUCGUUAUUCAGACCAGCACGUCAACUGCCCCGGAAGUCAUUCCUAUUGAUUCCAUCAUCCCGUCAACAAAGCAAGUAGUGGAACAAACAGAGUUCAACAAGCCUUCUAGCACUACAUCCCAGUCUUCCAGCCCAGCUGUUCAUGUUUCAAGCGCGUCUCGACACACGCAACUGCGGCCUACUACAUCUGUCGCUACUAACGACCGCGCCAGCGGCACGAGCAUAGUUCAUGCAAGCAACCAGAUCACAAUCCGCCAGUGGUCAAGCUCGGAUGAUGAUUCCAAGCGAGAGACGAAGGACGAGGUUCUCCGACUGACUCGACUUCCGGCGUGGGACACGCUGGGCGCGAGCUCUGUUGACGUUCGUGUCCCACAAGCUGGUGACAACAAACUGCGCAUUGUGCUGAAUAAGAGUGCAAGGCAGUGGGACGACAUGGUUCAGAACGUCGAUGUGCAUCUGCCUGCGCUGGUGUCAAGAGAUAUGGCAAGCUUGGAGAUUCGAGAUAGCAACGGCCGGUUCCAGCAGCUUAGGGAUACGCGACAGCUACGCGAUACUUCGGCCUAG